AUGAACCUAAGCUUCUUUGACCAAUUCUCAAGCCCAUCACUCCUAGGAAUUCCAUUAAUUCUCAUCUCAAUAGUAUUCCCAGCCCUUCUCCUUCCCUCCCUAGACAACCGAUGAAUCACCAACCGCCUAUCAACCCUACAACUCUGAUUCAUUAACCUAGUCACAAAACAACUAAUAAUGCCCCUAAAUAAAAAAGGACAUAAAUGGGCCCUAAUCUUAACAUCCCUCAUAAUUUUCCUUUUACUAAUCAACCUCCUAGGGUUACUACCAUACACAUUCACCCCAACCACCCAACUAUCCAUAAACCUAGCCUUAGCAUUCCCCCUAUGACUUGCCACCCUCCUGACAGGCCUACGAAACCAACCAUCUGCCUCCUUAGGCCACCUCCUUCCAGAAGGUACUCCAACUCCACUAAUCCCAGCCCUAAUCCUAAUCGAAACAACAAGUCUACUCAUUCGCCCACUAGCCCUGGGAGUGCGAUUAACAGCCAACCUGACAGCAGGUCACCUACUCAUUCAACUCAUCUCCACAGCCACAACAGCCCUAUUCUCAACAAUACCAGUAGUCUCUCUACUAACCCUACUAGUUCUAUUCUUACUAACAAUCCUAGAAGUAGCAGUAGCAAUAAUUCAAGCCUACGUCUUUGUACUUCUAUUAAGUCUCUACCUACAAGAAAACAUCUAA